UUGUACUGACAAAAUAAAUUAUAACUAUGGCCGUCACAACAAUGUUGAAAAUAUACGUGUCAAAAUUUCAUUGAUUUCUUCUGUUUUCUCGAUUGUUAAAUAUUUGCUUAACAAAAUAUAGUCAUGUCUGUUUAAGCGAUAUAUUUUUGACCGACGGAAAUAAGUAUCACCCAUCUGAACUGCCAAAAAAUCAAGAUGACUCGGACGAGUGCUCUGCUGUGUUUGUUGAUAGCCCUGGCCACAUGUGUACACCAACAAACCCCCGUGGGUGACACGUCUCCGCCGGCUAGCGACCAGGCUGGGAAGGAUCCCCCAAGCGCAGCAACUAAAAGUCAGGAAAUGUUUCAAUCAGAAGCUGUUUCAACUUCUGAGAAUGUCCCGACAGGGACUGCUUUUGAAACAAAGAAGUUGGACCAGGAGCUGAAGGUUCAGAUUAAGCAAAAGAGCACAGAAAACACGAAAGUGUCGUCCACAGAAACACUGACAGUAAACAGAGAGCCCGUUGCACCUGAUGUCCCUGGUUCCACAGUGGAGCAGACCCAGAGCCCUUCAGAGGGGACAACGUCAGGUACCCAGCCCCACAGCACACCUGAAGGGGAGUCACCUGAGGAGAAACAUAGACGGGAGGAAGCUCAGCAAUACUUUGAAGAAGGCGAAAAGUUGAUCAACAAUUCAUACAAGAAAGAUUAUGUUCAGGCCUACCAGUACUUCCAGGUCGCAGCCAACAGGGGCCACAAGAAGGCCCUGGAGUAUUUAGGGUUCGGGCACCUGCUAGGAGACUAUGUGUCACAUGACCCGAAAAGGGCUCUGCAGAUUUUUGAGGAACUCAGUAAUAAGGGGUCACCUAGGGGCCAACUGGGACUUGGUUUUUCUUACGCUGCUGGUCUUGCCACAAAUUCUAGUCAAGCCAAGGCGCUGAUUUACUUCACAUUUUCUGCUCUGGGUGGUGAUCCACUCGCCCUUAUGGUCAUGGGUUAUCGCUCACUGUCUGGAAUUGGUGUCGAGGCCAAGUGUGAGACAGCACUGACCUACUAUAGGAAGGUGGCAACCACAGUUGCUGAGAAAACAUCGUCAGGUAGCCCGGUGGUUCAGCGUAUCCGACUGCAUGAGCAGGCUGAAACCAAGGACACCACUGGGAACACACUGAUGGACGAUGACCUACUGCAGUACUAUGAGUUCCUGGCAGACAAAGGGGACGUGCAGGCACAGGUCGUGUUGGGUCAGUUGUACUACCAGGGAGGCAAGGGUGUACCCAUCAACCAUGAGAGGGCCCAGCACUAUUUCCUUAUGGCAGCAGAGUCUGGCAACUCCAACGCCAUGGCCUUCCUGGGCAAGAUGCAUUCGGAGGGAAGCCCCGUGAUAGCCCAGGACCCCAACGUGGCCUUGGAGUACUUCAAGAAGGCAGCCAACAAGGGUAACACAAUAGGCCAGUGUGGUAUGGGGAUCAUCUACAUGUACGGGCGAGGUGUGGAGAAGGACUACCCCAAGGCGCUGCGCUUCUUCAGUCAGUCUGCAGACCAGGGAUGGUCCGACGCACAGCUGCACCUCGGCAUCAUGCACUUCAGUGGGAAGGGCGUGCGUCGAGACUACAAGAUGGCAGUGAAGUAUUUCAAUCUAGCCUCGCAGGGGGGGCAUGUGCUUGCCUUCUACCACCUGGCACAGAUGCACGCCACUGGCACUGGUGUGCUCCGCAACUGUCACACCGCUGUAGAGCUGUACAAGAAUGUAGCCGAGCGCGGUGAGUGGUCUGCUAUGUUGAUGGACGCCCAUGACCUGUACAAGCAGGGCAGUGUGAAUGAGGCGCUUCUCAAGUACACCUUUCUGGCAGAGCUGGGAUAUGAGGUGGCACAGACCAACGUCGCAUACAUCCUCGAUCAGGGGGAGAGCAGCCUGUUUGAUGCAGUGGAGACCUACCAGAGGGCGCUGCUUCACUGGACAAGGGCCGCAUCACAAGGUUCCACUAUAGCGCGUCUGAAGAUGGGAGACUACCAUUACUACGGCUACGGUACAGAGAUAGACUAUGAGACAGCCGCCAGUCACUACAGACUAGCCACAGAGCAGCAACACAAUGCCCAGGCCAUGUUCAACCUGGGAUACAUGCAUGAGCAGGGGCUGGGUCUCAAACAGGACAUCCACUUGGCAAAGCGGUUCUACGACCAGGCAGCUGAAACCAGUGGAGAUGCCUACAUCCCUGUCACUCUGGCCCUGCUGAAAAUGGCAAUGUUCUAUGGCACAGAAGUGUUCAAUAAGGAGAUGGAGGAUUACUAUGCAAGUUUCCAGAAGCUGGACAUCCGUCUCUUACUGGGUCCAAACUGGGAUGUGUAUGUUGCCACCUUCCUCGCUAUAGUCCUAGGACUUGUAUUAGUAAUAGUCAGACAGACUCGGUAGCAAUGAUGAGGCAUCUGGUUUUGUUAAACAUUGAGCCUAGUUCUUGGAAAGCCAGCUGAAUGCGUGUGCGUAAAGCGUCGUCCCAGAUUAGACUGUGCAUACAGGAAUGGAAUUUAGUCGUUAAAAGGAAGUCUCUUCUAAAAUCUAGAUCAGGUGAAAAGUGUUGUCCUUGUACAGGCUAUUUUAGCAGGACUCUUGACACUCAUGCAUUAAGCCCUGUUUUCCCAGAAUGAGGCACCAUUCUUCACCGUUUUCAAUUGCUCAUGGAUUAUGUUGAAGUUGUGUGUGUGUGCUAGGAUGUGAAUUAAUGUGCAUUAUCGCAUACCAUGUUGUAUCUUCAUUUGGUAUGGUUUCACUUAAUAUGCAAGAAAUGUUCAUUAUUAAUAAGAAAUUAUAAUGAUUUGUAUAAUUGUGUUUUUGAACAGUUUGAAUUUCAUUAACAUGCCAUAAGGGAUAUCAUAAAUGUUAUUAUACCUAAUCAUGAAGCAAUUCAGGAUUUUCUUUUCUUUCCAGAAUUUUAACUUAUGUGUUAGUGAAGGCUAAUGAAAUUUGGCUGUACAGCUAAUGUAUAUCUGGUGGUAUUAUGGUGUAUGUGUAUAUGGCAUUUAUAACUUAUUUAAAUUGUUUUUUGCUGUUUUAAUGCCCCCAGUAGGGUGGCAUAUAGCAGUUGAAAUGUCUGUCAGUUUGUCAGUCCGUCCGAAAACUUUAACAUUGCCCAUAACUUUUGCAAUAUUGAAGAUAGCAACUUCAUAUUUGGCAUGUAUUUGUAUCUCAUGGAGCUGCACAUUUUGAGUGGUGAAAGGUCAAGGUUAUCCUUCAAAGUCAAAUGUCCAAUAUAUGGCUUCAAAGCGGCGCUGUAGGGGGCAUUGUGUUUCUGACAAACACAUCUCAUGUUAUUAUCCUGGUGUUAUUCAUUUUAUUGUACAAAUAUGCGCUCACAAAUAGCUAAUCUGCAUUUAUGUAUAACAGUGCCUUUUAAUAUCACUGCUAUGGUUUGGAAAAUAUCCCAUUAAAGGUUUUGGGAAAUAUAACACCUAUGGUUUUGGGAAAUAUUAAACAUUUGGUUUGGAGAAAUAUCUGACCUAUGGUUUUAGGCAAUAUGUUGUAUUUGUAUUUUAAUACCCAAUGAAAUCCAAUAAUCCUAGGCCUCUAUUUAUCAACCCAUUCUAAGACUUCGUAAUAAAGAAAAGACUUAGGUCCAAAACAAACAUGUUAAGUAUUUGGAUGUAUAACGACUACAAAAUUUAAUGUUUUGAUUGUCGUGAAUUAUUCUUGAUGAAGAAUUGUGUAGUUAGAGGUACUUAAAUAUCAUGUUAUUUUGAACUGAAUUUUACCAUUAUUUUUUUAAACAAUGUUUUUCGUUUUAGAGUUUAAGUCAUAGAGUUGGUUGUUGAAUAUGAGCCUAGAGUUUGCAUGCAUACAUGCUCCAAAUGUUGCGUAUCUCACCAACAAACGGUUCUGAAUUAACAUUGAUGUAAAUUGAUGGGUUAAUGAACAGUUAGGCGUUUGUAAAUAGUACAAAAUUUCUUAGAUCUAAAUCUUUAUCCUAUGUUUAUAGUAUUGAAAAAGGCCCAACUUGAACUGUUUUUGCAUUAUAUUUUGUUCCAUCAUACCAUGAGCACAUAUUUGGAACUGGUAUAUUUAACCUGUAAAUUAUUAAUAAGUUUAAAAAGAGAAAAUGAAAUAUGGAGUGAAAACAAAGAAAUUCAGUUAUUCAAUGUACAUAUUUGACUUUAUAAUGUAAACUUUGUUGUGAAUACAAGUACAUUAUUUUUACUCUUAAAUUUAAUGAUAUGGAACAAAGCCAGAGUUUGAAAUGCAUGUUUGGUUCUUUGCAUAAAACAAUACAUAACAAUAUUGUUAUUAGGUUAAAUAAGCAGGUAAUUAUUGAAACUAGUUUACUAACCAUGUCGUUUAUUUCAUAGUCAGAUUGUUGUGUACUAUUGUAUUCUGUUAAACUCAUAGAGUUAAUUGAUAUCAUUUGUGUCUGUUAUGUACUUAUUAGCAAAGUUGAAUUGGAUGAUAUUUCAAAUGAACAUAUUGUAUAGCAGAGUAAAUUUCGAAGAAAAUGUUAUAUAUAACAAAAUAAAUGUCCCGUGAUACGAUGUGUUCAAAAACGUAUGUCUCUUGCGAAUAUGAUGUACUACGAUACAAUAUUAUAACAUGAUAUGUCAUGGUAAAUGAUAUAUACACUGUGCUAUUGCGUUUACUCAGUCCUUUCUGCAAAGUUUCUUGUGUUGUGGAUCGAUCAAUGGCUGAAAUAAUUGAAUAAAACAAGAAAAUA